UAAACAUUUCCAUAAGCAAAAAUGGCAGGCAUUGAAGGGUCUCCUGGGAGCUCGAUGCACGGAGUUACAGGAAGGGAGCCUGUGCAUGCCUUCUCGGUUGCGUCUCCGAUCGUCCCGACGGACACAACGGCGAAGUUCGAUUUGCCUGUGGAUUCGGAGCACAAGGCUAAGAAGUUCAAGCUGUUUUCAUUUGCGAAUCCGCACAUGAGGACCUUCCAUCUCUCGUGGAUUUCCUUCUUCACCUGUUUCGUGUCUACGUUUGCUGCGGCGCCGCUGGUGCCGAUCAUCCGAGACAAUCUGAACCUGACAAAGAGCGACAUCGGGAAUGCGGGAGUGGCGUCCGUGUCGGGAAGUAUAUUCUCGAGGCUGGUGAUGGGAGCAGUGUGCGAUCUGCUGGGGCCGCGUUACGGAUGCGCCUUCCUGGUGAUGCUGUCAGCCCCGACGGUGUUCUGCAUGUCGUUCGUGUCCUCGGCGGGAGGAUACGUGGCGGUGCGGUUCAUGAUCGGGUUCUCGCUGGCGACAUUCGUGUCGUGCCAGUACUGGAUGAGCACGAUGUUCAACAGCAAGAUCAUAGGGACGGUGAAUGGGACAGCCGCCGGGUGGGGGAACAUGGGAGGCGGCGCCACCCAGCUGAUCAUGCCGGUGUUGUACGACAUCAUCAAGAAGACGGGGUCCACACCUUUCACCGCGUGGAGGAUCGCAUUUUUCAUUCCAGGGUGGCUUCAUAUAAUUAUGGGGAUUCUGGUUAUGACAUUAGGCCAAGACUUGCCUGAUGGAAACCUGAGCACCCUCCAGAAGAAGGGGAAUGUUGCAAAGGACCAAUUUGGCAAGGUCUUGUGGUAUGCUGUUACCAACUACCGGACAUGGAUCUUCGUCCUCCUCUACGGCUACUCCAUGGGUGUCGAGUUGUCCACUGACAACGUCAUCGCUGAGUACUUCUACGACAGAUUUGAUCUGAAGCUCCACCUCGCCGGUAUUAUCGCUGCCACUUUCGGGAUGGCCAACCUCCUUGCUCGUCCCUUUGGCGGAUUUGCUUCUGAUUAUACAGCCAGAUAUUUCGGAAUGAGGGGCAGAUUGUGGACGCUUUGGAUCCUCCAGACGCUUGGCGGUGUCUUCUGUCUUCUGUUGGGAAGGGCAGAUUCUCUUCCUCUGGCGGUCGCCUUUAUGAUCAUCUUCUCCAUCGGAGCGCAGGCUGCCUGCGGAGCCACCUUCGGAGUCAUCCCUUUCGUGUCUCGGAGAUCGCUCGGAAUCAUCUCUGGGCUGGCCGGGGCGGGAGGAAACUUCGGAUCAGGAUUGACACAGCUGCUGUUUUUCUCGACUUCGAAAUACACGACAGAGGAGGGAUUGGAGUACAUGGGGAUAAUGAUAAUAUGCUGCACUCUGCCGGUCAUGUUAGUGCAUUUCCCGCAGUGGGGAAGCAUGUUCCUUCCUCCCAACAACAAGGCUUCCGAAGAGCACUACUACACCUCCGAGUAUACAGAGGAAGAGGUCCAGAAGGGAAUGCACCACAACAGCCUCAAGUUCGCCGAGAACAGCCGCUCCGAGCGCGGCAGCCGUAUUGCCUCCGCCCCAACCCCACCCAAUGCUACUCCCAACUAUGUGUGAUGUGACUUGAGUUUAACAAGGGAUAUAUGCACGUACCGACUAGUGUUGUUUCUUCAAUGAUUUUUCCUCGUUGUUUAUGCAAAUAUUAAUUAGUUGCACUAUUUUCACUUUUCAGUACAUAAGUACCCAUAUA